CAGACUAAUAUCUGCACAGAGAUGGGAGUAGUAAUGACACGGCGGCCAUUUUGCCCAUAAAUAACAUUGCGUUGCUAGGGGUUUCACACCUUGGAGCUUCCAGAGCCUCUGGAACCUCUGGAACCUCUGGAAGUAGGAAUCGUAGCUCGUAUUCUUUGCCGCUCUUUGCCUACUGAAUAAUUUGAUGAUGGGCAGUAGUGUUUCGCGCGAUUAACCGGAUUUGAAGGUUUGAAACGGAGAUAUAUCUGUUGUUACCCUGUGAAAAGUUGUUGUGUUGAAAGAUGUCUAUAAUUGUUAAAAUACCUAAUGACUCUUCAGUUGGAGAAUGGGCAAUAGUGGAAUUACAGGGAGAUCUAAAGUCCAGAAACGGUAGCAGUAUGCAUCAGCAGUUCAUUGGCGAUCUUCAUUAUACAAAUAAGGGGAAUCCUAUGUUAAUAAUUGGCCAUCAUAUUCUGCAUGGUGAGGUGGUAACAAUGGAUAAACCAUUUGCCAUAUUGGAACAGAAGCAGACUGGUGAAACCGCUGAGCUGCAGGACACAGUGGAGUAUCAUAUAAAAGCCAUAGUGCAUCCAAUUGUUCCUGCCCCAGGUGAUAUAUGGGGCAUUAGCGGAAUAACUGGCGGCAAGAGAGAGAAACCUACUAUGUUCAUCACAAAUACCACAUGGGCUGCUGUGGGAUUGAACCUGGCCCUUCGCUGUAAGCAACCAACGUGCUGAUACACUACAUUGGCAUCGACCUCUGAGGAUCUUUAACAUGAACUUCAGAGUCUUGAGCGAUCUAUAACUUGUUACAGUAAUUAUUAUACACUCUGUACUACUUGUUGCUAGAGCGUUUUUAAGUUCCGCGAAGUUCUGUAAUUUCAGUUUUAAAAAACAUCUCUGAGGGUACGUCGUCAUUAUGAAGUUACUAAAAUCUAUUUUAGCACACAAUGGACCCCAAAAUCGCCAUACCAGAUAACAUACAACACAUUACACUUUUCUUCCAUGACGUUUCCUGCCCAAGGUAUAACGUACCAUCAGAUGUAUGCCACCGGUAAGCCCUAAAUAAACAUACUGCACUACACAACCCUUACGACCCUUACUACUUGCCAGUUUUCUACUCCACCUACUCACAUGGU